AUAGAGCUCUAUAUAUAAACAACCUAGAUAGGAUAUCACAACAUUCAGUCCAGGUUCAGAGAAUGACAAUGUCACUUGGAAUUUACCUCACGGCUGCAAUUGCCAUCCAGAGUGUUUUUAUACAUGGAUCGGCAGCGGAUUUCCCUGCAAGUUACAUUGAGGAUUUUAUCCCAGAGGACUUUGUGGAUGAAUAUAUGGAAAUAGGUGGGAGGAAUAAACGCUCCGUAGUUUUCUCAGGGGUGGAACCAGAGGGGUUAGAGGUACUGAACCGACUGAAUAAUAUCAUGAACAAUGCUAGUAUCAGUGCUGAAAGUAAACAAAAAUUGGAAGCGGCACUUGGCAAUAUUGGCAAGGGGGGAUCAAGCAGUGGAAGGAGUGGAAGCCGUGUGAAAGCUGGAUUCCAUAAAAGGAUUGGUUCUGGUUGGUCAGUAAGGUUAAGGCCACUUCCAACCUUCCGUCCUCAAUUACAUGCCACACAGUGUUGUUGCAAGGUGAAUGUCCCACCUCUAACAUCACAAAGGUCUAGGGUGGUGACUAGAUAUAGGCCAGCGUACAGACGAGUCAGGGCUGGAAGCAGUAGAUGUGGACUAUUUGGAUGGAAGCGAUGCACACGUUGGAGGAAUGAACAAUUUCAGGUGUCUUACCACCAGACAAUCUACUACACACAAUAUACACCAAGGUCUUGCCCCAAGGUUCAAGAGGUCUGCUGCAGAGGUUUCGUAUCAUACAAGCGCUGCUGUACAAAUAUUCGUGAAAUGAAACGUUUGUUGGAUAUCUUUGAAAAUGAGCGUGACAAGUUUGAGAGUUUACGAGAAUUCCUAAUUUCUCAAGGUCACAACCCUGAUGCUGGGUGCCCCAAAUCUUGCGGACCAUAGAUAUUAAUCUAGAUAUACUGAAGCUCAACACACAUGGACAUUACUGAUUACACAUUACAAGGAUAAACUUAAUAGAGAGCUUUUGCAUAACAGUUUUUGUAAAACAUAUCUGCAUCCGUAUCUUGAUACAUUUACAUAUAAUAUGUGGCAUAUCUCUAUUUGCCAUUUGAAUGCAAAUGCAUGCAGCUCUUUACAUUUUACAUCAUAUAAUUUCCCACGAAUUGAAUGCAUCAUUUGGAGAAACUUAAAUUUUGUUGAAUGAAAACCAAUUCAUUUACCAACAUGUAAACUAGGUGUAAACACUCAUAGUCUGAGAACAAUCUGCAUGAACUUUUAUACUAAGUACUGACCAACACAGAAGCCUCAUUCUAUGAGUUUGCCAUGGCCAUGUGUUUGUUCAUUGCCAUAUUGCUGGAUAUUGCACUGGUUGCAUAAGGAUUAGUGACAUUACACGCAUUGAUGAUGCAACAUUUGGCUAAAGAAUUAUGCAAAGCCUCGCUAAUGAUUUUUUGGGGUUCUGGAAUAAAUAAAUCCUAAAUUCUUAUGAUCUCAUUUGAAAUCAAGAUAGUUUUUGAUAGCACAGUCUACUGUAUUUAACUAGACAAUAUAUUUUGCAAUAAAAGUAUUUUUUCAAGAAACUAAA